UUGCUACAGAUAACCAAUCGUGCACCAGUCGGGGCUAACCACUGGCGAUGACCGUGAGCGCUGCCGCUGAGCUGGAGGAGAAUGACGAGGCGAUACUGUCGAAGCAAGUGGCCCCGCACGACAAAAGGUUGCUCGACAAAAGCAAGGGAACCGGCGGAUAGCGAGAUAGUAAGCGGCCCGUUUCAAUCCCCCACGACGGCCCGUGGAUAUCCGGGGCCUGCUACGAGUGUAUUGGUAUUUUGGUAAAACGGUCAAAAGGCAUGGGCGAUCCCAGCUGGAUGGACAGUUGACGGUGCU